GAUGACGUCAGUGACUGCGCUCGAGCGUCGCGUCGCGUCGCGUCCCUGCUGCUAGCCCCGAGCUGAGGGGCCCUGGCCAACAUGGUGUUGGGGAGCCGCGCGCUGCUCCGGAAGGUCAGCGCGCCGCGAGCCCUGUGUCCGGCCGGAGCUCCCCCUUAUGGCAGCUUUAUAGAUGAUCUGAGAAUCUAUGUGAAAGGAGGAACCGGUGGAAUGGGGCAUCCUCGCUUGGGUGGAGAAGGAGGGAGAGGCGGUGAUGUCUGGCUUGUAGCUAAAGAAAAAACUACCUUAAAGAGAAUUAAAGGCAGAUUUCCCCAGAAACGCUUUGUAGCUGGAGCAGGAGCCAACAGUAGUGUUUCUGCACUGAAAGGUGAAAAGGGAACAGAUUGUGAAGUUGAUGUGCCUCUGGGAAUUUCAGUUACUUCCUGUGAUGGGAAACAGAUUGGAGAACUUAAUAAAGCAGGAGAGAGAAUACUGGUAGCUCGUGGAGGUAUUGGUGGCUGUUUGGUUACAAAUUUCUUGCCUUUGAAAGGCCAGAUACAAAUAGUCCAUCUUGAUUUGAAACUUAUAGCAGAUGUUGGCUUAGUUGGAUUUCCAAAUGCAGGAAAAUCCUCUUUGCUAAGCAGGGUUUCUCAUGCGAAACCUCAGAUUGCAGAUUAUCCUUUCACAACAUUAAAACCUGAACUGGGAAAGAUCGUGUAUCCAGAUUAUAAGCAGGUCUCAGUAGCCGAUCUUCCAGGAUUGAUUGAAGGUGCACAUGCAAACAAAGGAAUGGGCCACAAAUUCCUCAAGCAUGUAGAAAGAACCAAACAGCUUCUCUUUGUAGUUGAUAUUUCUGGGUUUCGGCUAUCUUCAAAAACUCGAUUCAGAACAGCUUUUGAAACUGUACUGCUUCUAACACAGGAGCUAGAGUUGUACAAAGAAGACCUUCGGACAAAGCCCGCACUUCUUGCCGUUAAUAAAAUGGAUUUGCCUAAUGCUCAGGAUAGCUUGAAUGAACUUAUGAAACAACUACAGAAUCCUCAAGACUCUUUACAUUUAGUGGAGAAAGAGCUGAUUCCACAGAGCACCAUAGACUUUAAGGAUAUUAUUCCUGUAUCUGCCCAUACUGGAGAAGGAAUAGAGGAACUAAAAACCUGUAUAAGAAAAUCACUAGAUGAAGAAGCAGAGAAGGAGAAUGAAGAAUAUCAGAAAGAGAAACUUCGUAUUUUACAGACUUCAGAAGUAUAACAUAAUUAAAGGAGGGAAUCCAUUUUUGGAUAUUGGAUCAAUCUUUAUGAACAUCUGAGUGGAUGCUAAAUUUGUCUUUUGUCAAAAAUACGGUCCUCAUGAGAUUGAACUCAACUUCAUAGUUCUGACUCUAUGCCACUAUCAAUUGAACCUUCUUGUUUUGAAAGCAAAUCUGGAAUCAUAUCUGACACACAUUGUAAGAAAGGGGAAAUUUAAGAAAACUGUCUAAGAAUGUGAAACGAAUAAUAUCCUGCAGAUGUACAGUGAAUUUUCUGAGAAACAAAUACAUAGUCUUUUAUACA